CUCUGCUAUCUCAGACCGCAGAAAUCCUUCAGACCCGGCUUGGAGGCCUCAUUGGGAGACAAAUAACUCAUAUUCCAUUUUCGAGGAAGACUGAAACAACCGAUAGUGUCAUUGAUAUAUACCGAAAGCUACAUGAUGAAACGAUCAAAAGCUCUGGGAUAAUAUUGGGCAUUCCAGAACAUGUUCUGUCUUUCAAGCUCAGCGGCAUCCAGAAAAUAUCGGAUUCCAGAAUCAAUGAAGCUUUUCAAAUGGUGAAAACUCAGAACUGGAUGAACAACGUUUGUCGUGACGUUCUAGACGAGUGCGAUUUCACGUUGGCUGUUAGGACGCAGCUCAUCUACCCCAGUGGCACGCAGCUGAUGGUUGAUGGGCAUCCUGACCGGUGGGAAGUAGCGAUGGUCGUCUUGAAUCUUGUCGCACACCAUGCCCGGCUUCUUGCUCGAGACUUUCCACAGAGUAUUGAUAUCGUGGAGCGUUCGCUGACAGGCUUCCCACUGGCCUACUUUCUGAGGAAGGACGCAGAAGUGCUUCUAGUACGGAAGAUAGUGGAUGAUAUCUGCUCUGGUCAGAUACUGCCAAUGCACCACUUCUCAAGUGAAGAGAGCGACGCCAUAAAAGCUUUCAUAUCCUGCGAAGACGUCGAUUCGCCUAUUGAGGAAUGCAUUUCUCAUAUCCUUCCAGACAAGCCACCAGUGCGUAAGAAGAUCUAUCUGUUACGGGGAUUACUUGCGCGUGGCAUUCUCAUUUUGUGCCUAAAAAGAAGAUGGAACGUACAGUAUGGCCUCCAUCCACGGCGAGAUCCCAUAGCAGUCCCAUUCCAUGCCAAAGGAGUUCCGUCAGAUCGAGCAGAGUGGGGCCACCCAGACGUAGCCAUUCUGCUGACUUGUCUCUCAUUUUACUAUCAAGGUCUCAGCCAGGAUCAGCUUCGACAGAGCCUGGAGAUUAUCCUAGAGUCCGACGACCCUGCUAGCGAAUAUGAUAGCUGGAUUCAGGCGUCAACUUCUCUUCCCGAGGCGCUUCGUCAUUGGAACAUGAUCAAUAUUGACGACAGAUGGCAGAUUCAAGACAUGUGGCGGCACCUGCGAUUCUCAGUCAUCGUUAUCAACCAUUUCCUGGGAAAUGUCGUCUUCCCCCUACACGCAAAGCAGUUCAGAACUAAAUUACAGAUGUCGGGUUGGGAUAUUCCUUUGUACAAUGACAGUCAGACCUCACCGUCUAGUGAUGAUACUGGGGAUAUCCCUGGAGUCACAGCUGGGUUUAGCGGCACAAAUGACAAUCGAAGGCUGCUUCCUCUUACCAUCCAGCAGCGAGAUCUCCCGAGUCUAUUGCACACAAAUGCUGAAGUUCUCACCUAUCUUUUACAGAAGAGGAACCGGCAGUGUAUAUUGGCAGCGGACUCAAACAACAGACGUAUCACUGAACUAGAUCUACUCCACCGUCUCAAAGAAAGAAACAUCCGUAUUCUUAUUGAUAGUGGGGCAUUCAUAUUGGAGAUGGACAAUCGGACACUUGCCCAAAAAUGGCUCCAGGAAGAUGAAACUGCGCAGGCCGCAGUAUAUUUUGGCUUAGACAAUAAAGCUUGGGUGCAGUACAGAAUUGGAAAGACUGUACCCCUCGUUUCAAGUCCGCUUGCGGAUAACCUAGAGAAUUGUUUGGUCUAUCUUGAUGAGGCACAUACUCAAGGCACUGAUCUCAAGUUACCGCCUGCAGCUAGAGGUGCAUUGACUCUGGGACUGAACCAGACCAAGGAUCACACAGUGCAAGCUGCAAUGAGAUUACGGCAGUUAGGAACAACACAAUCAAUAACCUUCAUCGCUCCACCUGAAGUACAUCAAAGUAUUCUUGAUAUGCGUCAAAAAGGCAGAACAGGCUAUAUUGAUUCAUAUGACGUGAUAGUCUGGCUUCUGACUCAAACAUGUGACAAUAUUAGGGACUUGCAGCCUCUAUAUUAUGCGCAAGGUUCUGAUUUCUGUCGCCGAAUGCAAGCUGCGAGACGCUAUGAGAACUUUCUGGAAAAUACAGCUCACCGAAAUGCAUAUAUAGAGAACUUGCGCCAAUCAGAACAACAGGCUUUGGAGAAGAUGUAUGCUCCCCGGAGCCCAUCAGCAUCUUUAAGAGCUGAUGCUUUCCUGAUUACUGAAAGAAAGCUAGUUGAAUGCAUGCAAGAGCUCAAUAAGACUUAUGGAAAGUCAUAUGCUGAUUCUAGCUUCGCAACAUCGGCAUUGGAGGAGGUGGAACAGGAGCGCGAGGUGGCCAACGAAGUUGAAGAAAGAGAAGUGCAACGGCCACGUCCCAUGACCCCUCUCGAAUGGCCCGGUCUACACAAAUCGAUCCUUGACUUUGUGAAAACUGGCCAAUUGAAAACAGGUGGUCAUUAUAUGAAAGCCUCGAGGAUACUUUCAUCAACGCAGCUGGCCCUGAAGCAUGGAAUAGACGUUUUCAGCUUCAUGCCUCACCUCCAUGUUUCGCUGGAAUUCACGAGGACAGUGAAACUCGACUCAGGGGCAGGGGAGACGCAUGAUAAUUACAUUCGUCCUGUCAACUGGAUAUUGUAUAGUAGGCGCACGGAGGACGCCAUUGUGAUAAUUCCCGAAGAGGUUGAACAGCUGAUUCAAAUUUUCUGGAGAGACCCAGACCUGCCUGUGCAUCUUAUCCUCUAUGCGGCGCCUGUUACCAAGAGAAUGCAGCACUUUAACCGUCUCGCCUACUACUCUAUCCCGAGUCUCCCUGUCGAAUGGACCCCACCACCAUGGCUUCCUGUCGAGAUUGGUAUAUUGGCAGGAAGGUUAUACUUCGACUUUUCAGAGUACACAAGUCUACUGGAUCGCUUUCAGUCUCAACGGACUAAAAUUGGAACGUUACUCGAAUUUAUCCAGGAAUGGUCUGUUCUUCGUCGUUCUGGCCAAAACAUCUCCCAUACCCCGAUGGGAUUCCUGUGCCAGGGCCUUCCACUUGACGAGGGCCAUCCAUUCUUUUCAACGAGAAAGACACAGGAGCAGGCAGAAGAUAUUCAGUGUGAUCCAUUUCCUUCCACCCUGAACCAUGCAGAGAGCGCUGGUGAGCAUUAUUAUGAUGGCGAAGACAUGGACCCUGGUGUUGGAAUGAGCGAUGACGAGUCUGGUGAUGAGGGUAUUGUCGAUUAAUAAACCUUCUACGUAUAAACGUCUGGCACGUUAAUUGCGUCUAUUGGAUAGACUUGGAAUGCAUUUAG